CUGCAGGACAGCCCCACGUGUAGGGGGCGAGGAGAAGGAUGGGUGGGGGCCGCCUCCUCCCCUUACUACGAUGCCCCCUGUGCCCACACAUAGCUGCCCCCGCACACUGUAGCCGAGCCCCCCUAUUAGCCGAGGCUGAGUAGUCACCAGCAGCACAGCGCCCCGGUGCCCCCAGCUCCCCUGGCACCUCACCCGCCGCUGGGCCCGCCCGCCCGCGCACUGUGGGCAGGACUACAGGCGGCCCCGGCCCUGCCCUUCUCUUUUUUGUUAAUGAAAGUUCCAGGAACAUUGUAUUCCUGCCCUUCCAGUGGAUCCAAUAGCGACAAGAGCCGCGGCCUGACCUUUUACUACGAGGCCACUGACGUGUGGGGCAGGACGGGGCCGCGGGCAAGACUGGCACCGGAGAUACACUCGGCACCUGAGCGGGCACUCAACUCUCUGCACCAUGAUUUUCUCCAGCGUACCCAUGAGGAUACCCAGCGGGAAACUGCAGACCUAUGUUUCAUCGGCACAGCACAUGGCUCCUCCCAGCCCUAGUAAUAGUAGCGGUGGUGGAGAAGGAGGAGGUGGCGGAGGUGGAGAACAGCUGAGCAAAACCAAUCUCUACAUCAGAGGUCUUCAUCCCAGCACCACGGACCAAGACCUGGUGAAGCUGUGCCAGCCAUAUGGGAAAAUUGUCUCCACAAAAGCUAUUUUGGAUAAAACAACCAACAAAUGUAAAGGAUAUGGGUUUGUGGAUUUUGAUAGUCCUGGAGCUGCCCAGAAAGCUGUUACCGCUCUAAAGGCCACUGGGGUGCAGGCUCAAAUGGCAAAGCAACAGGAACAAGAUCCGACUAACCUGUACAUCUCCAACUUACCAGUCAGCAUGGAUGAGCAGGAGCUGGAAUCACUGCUAAAACCUUUCGGGCAGGUCAUAUCCACUCGUAUCCUGAGGGAUGCCAAUGGGACCAGCCGAGGGGUCGGUUUUGCAAGGAUGGAAUCUACAGAGAAAUGUGAAGCUGUGAUUUCUCACUUCAAUGGCAAAUACAUGAAAGCGCCACCUGGUGUUCCAGCACCCCAGGAGCCCCUCCUUUGCAAGUUUGCCGAUGGAGGUCAAAAAAAGAGACAAACCCAGGGGAAAUAUAUUCAGAAUGGACGUGGCUGGCCACGAGAGGGAGAGACGGGUGGAAUGACUUUGACAUAUGAUCCUACGACUGCUCUGCAAAAUGGGUUUUACACCACCCCAUACAGUAUUGCCCCAAAUCGGGUGAUCGCUCAGGCAGCCCUCUCCCCAUACCUGCCAUCACCUGUUUCUUCUUAUCAGGUUCACAAUCCUUCCUGGAUGCAUCAUCAGUCUUACCUCAUGCAGCCUGCAGGAACUGUCCUCACUCCUACUAUGGACCAUGCUAUUUCCAUCCAGCCUUCCAUGAUGGGACCUCUGACUCAGCAGCUGGGACACUUGUCACUGGGGAGCACGGGAGCGUAUAUGCCAGCUGCAGCCGCUAUGCAGGGGGCUUAUAUCCCCCAGUACCCGUCCGUGCCUUCUACUGUCUCCAUAGAGCGGGCAGCCUCAACAAGUUGCCGUGGAAACUACCACAGAACACGCCGCUUAUUCGUACCAGUGAAAGAAAGUGCAGGUUCACACGAGUAUAUGAGUCAGCCCAGGAAGUGACCGGAUGGAGAUCUGCAGGGCUGAUCAUGAGGCUUUACUGAAUAAUGGGGAUAACUGAAAAAAAAACAAAAAAAAAUAAAAACAACAAGGAAAAAAAAAA